ACCUCAAUUGUGCAACCGAUCAUUCAUGUUGGCACCCCAAGGCGGCGGCCCGUCCCAGGACGAGCUGAAGCGAGUCGCCGCCCACCGCGCCGUGGAACUGGUGCGCUCCGGCAUGGUUCUCGGCCUCGGCACCGGAUCCACCGCCGUGCACGCCCUCGACCGCAUCGGCGCCCUCCUCCGUACUGGCCACCUCCGCGACGUCGUGGGCAUCCCCACCUCCGAGUGGGCCGCCGCCAGCGCCGCGGCCGCCGGCAUCCCCCUCACCGACCUCAACACCCACCCGGUCGUCGACCUAUCCAUCGACGGCGCCGACGAGGUCGAUCCGGCCCUCAACCUCGUCAAGGGCCGCGGCGGGUCCCUCCUCCGCGAGAAGAUGGUUGAGGGCGCCAGCCGCCGCUUCGUCGUCAUCGUCGACGAGUCCAAGCUCGUCCCCCGCCUCGGAGCCAGCGGCCUCGCCGUUCCCGUUGAGGUCAUCCCCUUCGGCUGGUCCCUCACCCUCCGCCGCCUCCGGACCCUCUUCGAUGGCGUGCCCGGCUUCAACAUCAAGCUCAGGACCGCCGCCACGAACGCCAAAGCCAGCGCGUUCGACGAAAGCGAGUCCAAAUCGGAACCUUUCGUGACGGAUAACAAGAACUAUAUCGUGGAUCUGUUCUUCGAGGAUGGGAUCCAUGGGGAUCUAAAUCUGAUCAGUGACGAGAUCCUUAGGAUCACCGGGGUGAUCGAGCACGGGAUGUUCCUCGGAUUGGCAUCGUCCGUGAUCAUAGCCAGGAAGGAUGGGGUGGUGGUGGUCGACAAGGCUGCGAAGGUUAAUGAUGUCAACUAUUCUCCUUAAAUUAAAGCCUUGUGUUCAUUGUGCUCGAUGUCUGAGACUUUAUCUUACACCUCAAAACUGGCAAUUCCGUGCAAGCCAAAGCAAUGAAGUGAUUCGUGGCCAAUGCAAGUCAAGUGUGUACCUGCUGACUUUUCUUAGCAUUUAAAGGCCAUGGUUUUCCAAAGUCAACUCCCUUUGUGUUUUCUUUUUCUUUGGGUCACUUCCUCACAAGUCAUUCUUCUCUGAAUACAACACAAGAGAGAGAGAGAGAGAGAGAGAGAGAGAGAGAGAUGUUCUGCUGUGAUAUAUUGAGCAUUUUGAUCAGGUAAUACUCAUCCCAUUUGACAUGAUCAAAAUUUCUUCUUUGAACAUUGAAUGAUUUCCAUCCUUUCUUUAUUAA